GUGACAGAGUGGUGCAGGAAGAAGGUGCUGCCAGGCACAUGCUGAAACAGGGAAAGUUUUGUUUUUCAAGCAACAACUUUGAUAGAAAGAGACAUCAGGUACAAGAUAAAGUUCUCCUGUUGUAAUAAGCGGCCAAUGAAGUUAAUUCCUGAGACAUCUUUGUUUUUUUUAGGCUCAAGAAGAACAGCGUGUCAUACCUGGCAGAUGUUGUUGAAGUUGGCGGUCAGGGAGGAGAUCCCUUCGAUUUUAAUGGCACUGAAAAUGGAAGCAUGCUGAAAACGAUCCAGGUUUGGGAAGGUGAGUGGCAGAUAAAAGCCAUGAAGGUGUGGCUUACUGAUGACCGGUCCGAGCAGUUUGGUGUUCCUGCUGGGAAUCUGAAAGAGUUUAACUUUGAAGAUGGAGAGCAUUUCACCUCCCUUUCACUUUGGCCAAGUGAAAAUGGUUCACGUCUGGGUGCAAUCAAAUUCAAGACAAGUCACUCCCGAGAGUUCUAUGCAAGCUUGACAAUUUGGACUCUGAAACCAGAAGUUCCAGUUGAUGUUGCUUCUGGGAUCUGCAUGGGGAUCAAAGGACAUUCAGGUUUGGAUAUUGAUCACUUAGGCUUCAUAUUCAUCAACACUGUCAAGUCUGCUCAGCUUACCAAUGUUGUGUAUCCCACCAUUCAUGAUGUGAUACCCAAAGUGGCUGUUGGAGAAAUUAAACCCAUGUUCUACAAGAACAACACUUCUGAAACUCAAGAAUUUACAAUUGAGACCUCCAAGAAAAUCACCCAAAUAUCCUCCUGGUCUGUUAAGGGCAAUACGGAAUCCACAUUCAGCCUGGAAGUAAAUGCAGGAAUUCCACUGGUUGUGAGGGAGGAAUCAAGAUAUGAAUUAAAUAUUGGAGUUGAAGGUAAAUAUGCUUUAGACACCAGUGAAGAGAAAACAGAGCUCUCCACAUGUCCUGUUAAAGUUCCUCCAAUUAAAACCGUGGAUGUGCACAUCGCACUUGGCCAGGCUACAGUUGACCUCCCAUUCACUGGCAUCAUGAAGAUUACCUGCUAUAAUGACAGCGUGCUGGAGUUUAAAACCAGUGGAACCUACAAGGGUGUCGCUUACUCUGAUGGAAACGUGGUUGUGAAUGGAUCAAACAAAAUGCUUGGUGCAGCCUAAUAAGCUUUUAAUUCAAUUCUAUAAAUAUUUUAACUACAAAAUGUGUUCUCAUGUUUAAUAAUCAAUGUUACAGAUGUAUGGAACGUAUUUAGUGCAUUAUGUAUCACUGUACUCAGUAUCUCAGUAAAGUUCUUGCUGACUGGAGCUGUGUGUGUGGAACACUAGAGUCCAGCUGUGACUUAUAUGAUCUUGCAUCUUCAUGUUUAUCCUGCAUUUUGUGGAAUGGAUGAUUUUUUAGUUGAUUUUUUUCCUAAUCUGUAAACCAAAAAAAACUGAAUUAUUCUUCUGGUCUUCCAAUGGUGCAAAGCCAUAUUUUUUUAUUAAUAAAUAAAUCUUUACAAAACAUUUGGAGUAAUAAAUAAAACAUCUCAUUUCAUGUUUUUUAUAUUUACUUUGACUGUAGCUUUGUGUGAUAUCUGGAC